CGUGCGUCAGGUAUGUUAACGCCUUCCUCUGAGGCAACUGCACGGGUGUUACCGUCCAGCACCACGAGGAUUCCGUUUACUUCUGAUCUUGGGCGCGCGCUCUCACGGUAAACGAAAAAGCCAAUAGGGGCUCAGAGAGAGACCAGAGAGAUAUCACCCCCUUCACUGGUACAGCUGACUGAACUACUGGGGGACAAAGUGAACACACUCUGAAAGACUGUCUCACUAGACGAACAGCCUGAAAGAGGUUCAACAACAUCUGGAGCACCUGAACUGAGUGACUUGGCAGGCCAGAGGAACGAGGUUGAGACGCUCCUGAACUGAGCUGAGUGACUUGGCAGGCCAGAGGAACGAGGUUGAGACACUCCUGAACUGAGCUGAGUGACUUGGCAGGCCAGAGGAACGAGGUUGAGACGCUCCUGAACUGAGUGACUUGACAGGCCAGAGGAACGAGGUUGAGACGCUCCUGAACUGAGUGACUUGACAGGCCAGAGGAACGAGGUUGAGACACUCCUGAACUGAGUGACUUGGCAGGCCAGAGGAACGAGGUUGAGACGCUCCUGAACUGAGUGACUUGGCAGGCCAGAGGAACGAGGUUGAGACGCUCCUGAACUGAGCUGAGUGACUUGGCAGGCCAGAGGAACGAGGUUGAGACACUCCUGAACUGAGUGACUUGGCAGGCCAGAGGAACGAGGUUGAGACGCUCCUGAACUGAGUGACUUGGCAGGCCAGAGGAACGAGGUUGAGACACUCCUGACCUGAGUGACUUGGCAGGCCAGAGGAACGAGGUUGAGACACUACUGAACUGAGCUGAGUGACUUGGCAGGCCAGAGGAACGAGGUUGAGACACUCCUGAACUGAGCUGAGUGACUUGGCAGGCCAGAGGAACGAGGUUGAGACACUCCUGAACUGAGUGACUUGACAGGCCAGAGGAGCGAGGUUGAGACGCACCUGAACUGAGUGACUUGGCAGGCCAGAGGAACGAGGUUAAGCAACAGAGAGGCCCAAAAAGUAGAGGCUUGUACUUGGUUACUGCUUGCCUGGUGGGAGCUGCAGAUAGCAGGUCCUGACCUCUCUACAGGACAUACUGAGAGGAGACUACAAGACUUCUCCUACAGGGUCACCCACCACAACAUGCAAGGGAAAAGUGAACACGAACACCAGGACAAUAAUAUGGAAUCAGACGUUGAUCCCAACAAGCAGCCUGAAAGUCCCCUGUCUGAGAACGAACCCUCCAAUCCGGUCAAAGUCCGCCAGAACCCCAAAUAUCAGCUGUUCCUGGAUGGAGACAUGAUUGGGAACGGAUCCAGGGAUACAAAUGGAACGUCUGGGAGAGAGAACGGGAACGGGAGUGAACCCAGGAACAGUUCCCGUUUGGACAGCGCUAACUCCAGAUUCGGGCCAAACUACCGCGGGUCCCUGGAAUCGGUUGCCUCUCGGGACUGGGACACCAUGUCAGACAGGGUGGGAGGUUUUGAGAGUCCUCCCAGGGUGUUCAACAGUCCCUACGCUACAGCGGCUUCCACGGAGUACAACCCUGGCAUGAACCGGAUGGCAGAGCAAAAGAUGCAGGAGGUGAUGUCUCCAGCCACAUCAGAGCUGAACCUGUUCAACAGCUACAACAGCAGAAGUAGCAGCCCUGUGCUCUCCUUCACCUCGGCUGCGACCUCCUCACGUGCACGCUUCUCAACCUUCGACUCUCUCAGGAGGCGGGACCAGCCGGUGAUGCCAAGCCAACUCCCCAUACGGUCCACAGUGUCGCCUGUUGCUAUGCCCAGCAAGAGAGACUACAUCGAGGAGCUGACCAGACAGAUGGAUGCCUGUCAGAAGAGGAACCAGUUCCUGGAGGCAGAGAGCAUAGAGAUGGACAAGGAGAGGAACCAGAUCAGGUUGGAGAUGAGAGGCCUGUUGGUGAACAACGAGGACCUUCUCAGAACCAACAGUACCCUGCAGAUGGAGAUGAGUAGGAUGAGGAUGAGGAUGGUAGAGCUGGAGAGAGACAACACGGCCAUGACGGAACGCUUCAGAGUUAUGGAGACGGAGCUGACCGAGGCCAGGGCCCAGAUGGUGGAGGCCAACACCCAGGAAUACGCCUUCAACUUCCUGCAGCAGUCUCUGAAGAAUAAGAUACAGGUCGCUGAGGAGGCGCUAGAGAAGCAGACGCUCCAUGCCCAGGGGCUGUCAGAGAAGCUGUGGCUGUCUGAGAGACAGUUGGAGGAUCUCGAGGUGGACAAGGAGACACGGGACAAGAAGAGAUCAGAGCUCAGCGACACUGUCUUCAGACUGGAGACUGAGCUAGAAGAGGCUCUACUGAAAGCCACCCAGGCGACAGCAGAGCUCAGUCUGCAACAGAAGCUACGAGAUGACGCCCUGCUGAGGGUAGAGGAGAUGGAGGAGAGUUUACUGGAGAGAGGUCAGGAGCUGCAGUUAGCACAACAGACUGUCAGCCGCCUACAGGGACAGGUGUCAGAUAAGCUGAUAGAUAAGGAGCGUUCCCUGGAGGAGGAGAUCCAGCUGAGAGAGAGAGUUCAGCUGCAGUGGAAGCAGGCAGAGAGGAGCGUAGAGGACCUGACCAUGGAGCUACAGACGGCUGCACAGACCAAGGAAGACCUGGUCAAGCAACUCAAACAGGCUCAGGAGAAACUGUUAGAUCUUGAGAGCGACCUGGAGGAGAUGCAGGACAGUGAACAGAGAUGGGCCAGCAAGAACAAGAGAGCCAUCGAACAGACAGAUCAGCUCCAGCUGAAGCUGAUCCAGCAGAAAGAUGUGAAUGAGCAGCUGGACAGUGAGAAGAGCAUCCUGGAGAGACAGCUGCGUGACCUGCGCGUGGAGGUGGAGAACCUCCAACACACCAGAGUUCAUGAGGAUGUCAUCACUAAGACGGAGAGCCGGGCCAAGGAGCUGGAGAACGCUCUGAGGGUGGAGGAGAGGAACAAGGUGAUGAUGAACAACACCAUCAGUAAACUGGAGAGGAAGAACAACGAACUGUCUGAUCAGCUGGAGGAGGAACAUAAGAUGGCCAAGGAGCAGAAGGACCUGAUGUCCCAGAGGAUGCGUUCCCUGAAGCGUCAGCUGAACGAAGCGGAGGAGGAGUCCAGUCGUAGAGACGCUCAGUACCGUCACACCCAGAGAGAACUGACAGAGGAGAGAGAGACCUCCAACAGACUACAGAAACAGCUCCUGGACCAGCACCUCCAACUCAAACGUAAGGAGUCCACCAUGGCGAUGAGACAGACUCUGGAAGAUCUACGUCUGGACCUUAGUGUGGAUGAGGAGGACCAGACCCCUCCAGUACCCACGGCCUCCAAGGCCUGAGACACCCUUCCUGGGACAGUAUUACAGCAUAGCACCAGCCAUACUAUCCUUACUCAUAACGCCUUUGUCCUAGCUUCAAUCCGGCCUGCAGAAGUUCCAUGUCAUUGCGCGAUUGACAUUUAUAGCUCAUUUCCCAUUGAUCCGGCAUAUGCAGCCUUCGACGUGAAUGUGGGUCUCAGCGAAUGGUGGGAGCGUUGCCUUUAAAACCUUGCAUAAAUGGGACAAAAUGAGAUGGGAUUGAAUCUAGGCCAUUAUUGAUAAAGGUACCAUUCAUACCACCAAUACAGGACGUACAGGGAACAUACAGCCAGCAUCCUGUCAGCCAAUCAAAUCAGCACCCGCGUGUUUGAUUUUCAGGUUCAGCCAAUCAAAUCAGGUUAAAAAAAUUACUGUCGCAUCUGAUAAAACAUUUUUUAAUUUUUUUUAUUAAAUAACAAUAAAUAAAAAAUCUGCAGGUAAUUGAAAAUGUAAACCAGUGUGUCUUUACUUAUUGUGUUUCCCAAACUCGGUCCUCUGGACCCCAAAUGGGGUGCACAUUUCGGUUUUUACACUACACAGUUGGUUCAAAUGAUCGGAGCUUUAAUCAGCUGUGUAUUCGAACCCCCUUUGGGGUCCCGAGGUAAGAGUUUGUGAAACCCUGCCAUAAGGGAGUUUAUUUGGUAAACUCCUGGACAAGAUUUUUUUUAAAUGUAAGUAAGUUAAAAUCCUAUGGGCUUGUAUCUUUUCUGAUUCAUUACUAGUGCCUUUUAACAGAGAUAAUCAAUUGGAAAAUAAAAAAACAUUUUAUUAAAUCAAUUGUGUCAAAUAUGACUAACAAUAAAAAUAGACAUAGGAUUUGGGGAUUAUGUAAUGUUGGGGAUUUGGGCAAUAUUGUCUGCAAAUUACCAAAGCAAAUCUGUUGCAAAAUGUAGUUGAAUAGUUUGUUAGAAGCAUUAUACAUUCAUUUCCACUUAUCUUAUAUCUACAUGGUAUUGGGUAUUACUGCAUUGUAGACUUUGGGGACAAGGGAGCUGUAUUUUAUUAAUAUAUAUAAAUGGAAAUGCUUUAUUUUCACUCCCAUUGAGCAGAAUGUGGAAGUGUCUUCCUUUUACGAUGCUUGAAGGACAGACAGCCUGAAUGAGCGAAGCUGGUGGGACCAUUUAACAGUAUACUGCACUGUUUACAACACUUGUUACUUCAACCCUGAGCGAAACAUGGGUGAGCAGAACCUGGGUGAGCAGAACCUGGGUGAGCAGAACCUGGGCGAGCAGAACCUGGGCGAGCAGAACCUGGGUGAACAGACCCUCGGUGAACAGAACCUGGGUGAACAGAACCUGGGUGAACAGAACCUGGGUGAGCAGACCCUGGGAGUGAGUGAGGACCCAAGACAAACGUUUCACAGAAGAGGAAAGAGACCAUGUUAUUCUCGCGUUGGAGAAUCUAAAAGGGAAUCUAUUCUGUCUGCAUUGUGGGAAGCUGUUGGAUAUGCAUCUUACCUGAUGGAUCUGAAUGACUUGUUGUCCUGCUGUUUACAUGAUAGAACAUGGAGACCGGCGACUGUGUACUCUACUGGCAUAAACCUACGUUAAUCAGGCAUUAGACAGGACAGGACAGGUGGAAUCACUAACAGUCACUGUGUACUCAGGCUCCUCCCUCACUGAGGUGGAAUCACUAACAGUCACUGUGUACUCAGGCUCCUCCCUCACUGAGGUGGAAUCACUAACAGUCACUGUGUACUCAGGCUCCUCCCUCACUGAGGUGGAAUCACUAACAGUCACUGUGUACUCAGGCUCCUCCCUCACUGAGGUGGAAUCACUAACAGUCACUGUGUACUCAGGCUCCUCCCUCACUGAGCAGGUAGGGGUGAGGAUCUCGUGUGUAUUGUGAUGGGAUUUGAUAUUGUGAUAAUAAGAUGUUUUCUGGGUGUUUUUCUGGUUGUAUAGAGCUCCACUCUAUGGGUCGCUGUCAAGGGAAACGUACAGUAUUUUGGUUGGCAAAAAGUUUCUUUUCUCCUUUCUUCUUCGCUGGCAAAACCAAAUAAAAGGGGACGCAGUGUUAUUGAGA